GCUAUGGCGUACCAGGAAGGGGAGUCGCUUGAAUCUUGGCUCAAUAAAGCCACCCAUCCAACAAACAGACAGGAGGACUGGGAGUAUAUCAUUGGCUUCUGUGAUCAGAUCAACAAGGAACUGGAAGGUCCUCAGAUAGCGGUAACUCUGCUCGUCCACAAAAUCCACUCACCACAAGAAUGGGAAGCACUUCAGGCUCUGACAGUAUUGGAGGCAUGUAUGAAGAACUGCGGGAGAAGGUUUCAUAAUGAAGUCGGAAAAUACAGAUUUUUGAAUGAGCUGAUUAAAGUUGUGUCUCCAAAGUACAUGGGUGACAGUGCACCCGAGAAAGUGAAGCUGAAGAUUGUAGAGAUGCUGUACAGCUGGACGGUUGCUUUUCCCAACGAAACCAAGAUCGGUGAAGCCUAUCAGACGCUGAGAAGACAGGGCCUCGUGACACAUGAUCCGGAGUUACCGCUGGACAGGACUCUGAUUCCCUCUCCUCUGACACGACCUAAACACCCAGUGUUUGACAACGAGGACAUGGGAAAGCUGCUUGCCGAGCUUCUCCGGAGUAAAAAUCCAGAAGACCUCCAGGAAGCCAACAGAUUAAUCAAAAACAUGGUGAAAGAGGAUGAGGCACGAGUGCAGAAGGUUACAAAGCGAGUGCACACGCUGGAGGAGGUGAACAUCAACGUCAAGCUGCUGACUGAGAUGCUGUCCCACUACAAUAAAGACAGCUCCACUGACUCAGACAAGGAGAUCAUUAAGGAACUCUACGAGCGAUGUGACAAGCUGAGGCGGGCUGCUUUCAAAAUGGCCACUGAGACAGAGGACAAUGACACCAGUUUAGGUGACAUCUUGCAGGCCAGCGAUGACCUCUCAAGAGUCAUCAGCUCCUAUAAGAAGAUAGUUGAGGGGCAGCAGAUCAAUGGUGACAGUGAAGAGCCUCGAUCUACAGCUGGUCACAGCGAUAGCGACACCACAGAUACGCUGAUCGACCUCGCCGGCCUUGACACUCCUAGCCCCCCUCAACCGGCCAUCCCUCCCUCCCAGUCCUCACACCCUGUCUCCACCAAUCCCACGGCUUCCCCCAUACCUGUCCUGCCUCCUCCUCCCAAGCGCCUGGCCGGCUCGCAGGGCAGUCAGAACAGCAGCCCGAGUCAUCCCCCCCUCGACAAGGCCUCCACUGCUCUCUCGCUCCUUGAUGAUGAGCUGCUGUCCCUAGGACUAAAUGACCCACCUACCUCUCUGAGCAGCCAAUCAAAACCCAAGUUGAAUGAAGUGUCCAAUCAGUGGACUUCCUUGCAGGCUCCAGCAUCAAGUGUGGAUAUGUUUGGCAGUAUGAGUAUGGCUUAUUCAGGUCCAGUGGUGCCCCCAGUGGAGCCAGCCGCCGGCAUACACAGUCUCCAAAACCUGCAAGACCUGGCCAUGAUGGGCUUUUCAGAUCACAAGAGUUUGUCCGGCCAGAUGACGGCCAGAGGAGGCAGCUUUGGGAUAACCCCUGCAGCAGCACCUCCCCUUAUAACUGGGCAGGGCUCUCCCUCCUCAGCCUCUCUUCUCCAGGGUACAAUGCCCAGCUCUCCUGCCCUUUCCCAUGCUAAGGUCCAGAGCCUGGGCUCGGCCCCGGGCAGCCCGCUGUUCCGCUCUCUGUCCCCCUGCCACCCUCCCCUCCAGGGCAGCCCGGCUAGAGCCACAGACAUCUCCCUGAGCAAUGUGCACGUCCCUCUGGAGGCCAUCAGACCUAGUAAAGUGCUGCCUGUGACGGCCUACGAUAAGGAUGGUGUUCGCGUGCUGCUCAACUUUGCAUCUGACUGUCCCCCCAGCAGGCCUGAUGUGCUUGUAAUGGUGGUGUCCAUGCUCAAUACAGCGCCCCUGCCUGUUCACAAUGUGGUACUGCAAGCUGCUGUGCCCAAGUCAAUGAAGGUGAAGCUGCAGCCUCCAUCAGGAACAGAUCUGGCACCAUUCAACCCCAUCCUACCUCCAGCCUCCAUUACCCAGAUCAUGUUGCUAGCUAAUCCAGCCAAGGAGAAAGUGCGUCUGCGCUACAAGCUGGCUUUCACACUAGGAGACCGUCUGUGCAACGAGGUUGGAGAGGUCGACCAGUUCCCCCCACCAGAGGCAUGGGGUCAUCUAUAGCAGCGUGCAGGCCUGCUACCGUUCAGCAGGGACAGACCGGUUCAUACUCCAUGAAGGGGUGUGUAUGUGCGUUCACAUGCAUCCCAGAGAGAGAAAGGAGGGGAAGGUGGGGAAAUUCAGCUGCAUUGUUACUGUAACAAUAACUUUCAGCUUCACAUUCCUGACAGUUGUUUUUCAUUUUCUGGCCAUUAUGAUUCCUGGUAGUGAGAUGUUAACAACAGACACUAAAGGUUUAACUUAUACAGAGCUUGUGCUUUUCUGCAGACAGCUAACAAAGAAAAGAUAUACACAGGUAUGGGAGAUAACCAUUGUGUUAACAGGUCAGUGGUUUUGAGAUUAAUAUUGUGAUGGAUUUUCCCGAAUGUACUUUAGAUAAUAAAUGCAUUAGAGCUCUGCCUAAGAUUGAAAUGCUGCACUGCAGCAGGAAAUUAACCUGUACUUUAACAGAGCCUAGAGACAAUGGUUGUGCUUCUGUUUAUUCAUUUUUUUAUUUAGCCUCUGAAUCAACACUUACCCAGCCUGCAAAAAUAUACUUGAAUAUAUCCAGAGAUUUGGAAAUGGUAUCUAGAUUUCUUAGGAUGGAGUUACACUGGAAAAUUCAUGCGUUGAUUAAAAAGUACUGUCACAUAAUCAUUCCUGCAGGAAGACAGUGGCCUGAUUAAUGUAUUUAUUACAUGAUUAUUUUAGCCAUCUGGAUUUUUGACAUGGUAAAGGAAACUGUGUUUAACAAUUAUAUUAGCUAAUGUAGCCCUGAGCUAGAUGAGUGGACCAACAAUGUUGAAUACUGAGCUGUAAAGGCAAAGUAAGGCAACCAACAUAUAUAUUUCAUUUCAUUUUGUUUUCAUCAUGAAUACUGUAUGAAUUCAGUAUGAAGUCGUCUGAAUCCACCACUGGUUUUAUUUCACGAUUAGUUUUUUGUUUUGACUGUAAAUUAAAUAGUGAUAUGCCCAGACUGUCAGCAUUUCAGUUUUUUGUUUUAGCAGUGGAUAUCCAUAUUUUUGUUCUGUAUUUAAAGAUGUUUAUUUGUCUACCAGUUUCAGUAUUGGGAGUAUUUUUGUCAUAUUUAUUAUUUUGUGUUAUAGUAUUUCAGUGCAUCACUGAACCUAGAAAAUGUGAACUGAAAAACCUGAAUUUAAAUUUGGUAGUUUGUAAGAGAAAUCCGUCACCAGGCAGAUAACUCUUCAGUGUGCAGCAGUGGAAUGUGGAGUGGAACUUUGCUAUGAGGAAAUUUUCAUACAUCAGUCCACCCGAUCCUCUCUUAGGUCCCCUCUCUGGCAGCCUCAGCUUAUCAUCAUAUAGGAUGUACAGAAGUGUGUGUUUAAUGUACAUAGUAUGUAAUGUAAUGUACCUACCGUUUGUUGUAUGACAAGUUAUGUGAACAUGUGAUGUGUAGUUUUUGGGAGAGUGUUAGGUCUGUACAUACUGUAUGAUGUGCCAUUUGU